AUGGACCAUUUAAAGUCAUUAGAGUCAAGUCUUCCACCAGAACAACCUCCAACAGAAAAUGCCAUCCAAUCAUUAAGUAGUGAUUCAUCUCAAGAAUUUAAGAUUGCGGCAAAUGCUGUCACAAAAUUAUAUAGAGUGGCAAAUGAAAAAAAUUCAUUAUUGAAACAUCAAGGUUAUAUAUCAUGUUUGGAUGACAUUUCAGAACUAAUUGAAAAAAGACAAGUUUCAAGUUUAGAUGAAAUACGACAUUGGUGUAUGAAACAAAAAAUUGAAAAAUAUACACAAAAAAUGGAUAAACCGAAUACAAAUAUAAGUACAAACAUAAACGCAGAUCAGAAUCAAAAUAAUAAAUAUAAUUUCCAAUUUUCUAGUAAUGGGAAGACUGGAAACAUAGAUAAUAGCAUUCAACAAAUUGUAAGUCCGAAAUUUAAACCCUCUAUGGCCCCGAUGAGUGUCGAGCACUCAUUUAAUGAGGCAGAUACUUACAGAUUUAAGAAGAAAUGGUCGGUCACUAGAAGGCAUGCAAAUAAUGCUCAAAAAGACAAUGAAAAUAGCAUGAUUGAUAGUCUUAACUAUGAUAUGGCAUCAUCAUUAGAAAUAGGAGAUGAUUCGGUAAAAUACGGGCACACUCCGAAGAAACCAAAAUAUUCCAAUUAA